AUGGCCGCCGACCUUGCCAUGCCCACGCCGCGCGCCGGCGACCUACACCAGACCUGGCACUUCCCUCCGCCGAGCCGCCCCCUCCACAGCCGAUCGCAGUCAUUUCGCGUCCCCUCGGGCCCUCAAAUCUCCCCCCUCAGCAUCUCUGACGCCAGCAGCAACCAAGCGAACUCGACCCCCCCGUCUCCCACGGGCCACUACACCCACCAGGGCCGUCCCAUGUACAUACCCGCCGUCUUGCGCCCCUGCGACGAGUUUCCCUCCAAGAAAAUCAUCCGCCGCAAGACGGGCGGCUCCACGUCCGAGUCGGACUCGGAGCCUCCCCUGCGUCGCGUCAACUCCAACAUCAUGAGCCUUCCCGGACUCGGCGCCCUGGGCAAUCGCCUGAGCCGCCGCGCUCCGGGCGAAAGCGCCAUGGCCUUGGAAGGGAAAUGGAACCUCGAUUCCUUCCCGGACGUGACUGCUCUGCCGACCCGACGCCACUGGAAGCACGACUCGGAAUCCUCUGUCUGCGACGACCCGACGUGCAAGCGCAGCUUCAGCUACUUCGUCCGACGACACCACUGCCGCAAGUGUGGCAACAUCUUUUGCGACUGGCACUCGAGCUUCGUCCUCCCUCUCGACCAAGACGCCAACUUCAACCCGCGCGCCGCCCUCUCCCGAGCAUGCAACCACUGCUUCCAGGAGGUCAAGGUGUCGCAGACCAGGCACAACAGCCACUCCUCGGCCUCGACCGUUUCCGACACGCCGCAGACGACGGCCUCGAUCCCGAUGACGGCGCCCCUCGCCGGCGCGACACCGACAGCGCUCCGCGGACCCGACGUGGCCGCCAGCGUGCCGCGCGACUGGAACUGGAGCACCUUUUAG